CUCCAAUCUCACUCUCCGGGUUGUGAACACAGGGCACAGCCUUCUUUCACCUUUCUCCUGCAGAAAAGAACUUUACUGGAGCAAGAUUAAAUCAUCAUAUCACUAAUUCAAAUUGUAUAGGGACGCGAUCAACGAUGUUCCUGUCUCUACUGCUGUGUGCCAUCUGUCCCUUUGUCCUGCUGUCCUCUGCUGUCCCUGCACCACGAACAGAUGAAACAAGGCUCUUGAACGUUACAAUCCCUAAAAGCCCUCCUGUGUCUGCCAUUCUGGGAGCAUCCUUAACCCUGCAGUGUCUUGUAUCACUGCCACCAGUGUCCAUCUUGGGCCGCUUGGCUGGGCAUACCAAUCCACGGAUAAAGUGGAGCAAGUUCUCCUCUGGACGAGAGACAGAGAUUCUUGUAGCACGAGGGGUGAGGGUGAAAAUCAGUGAGGCCUAUAAAGGUAGGGCCUCUCUUCCAAACUACGCCUCUUCCCCAGAUGAUCUCACACUCCAGCUGGACAGCCUGAGACACAAUGAUACAGGAGUCUACCGCUGUGAGGUCCAGCAGGGAUUGGAGGAUGCUCAUGAUCUGGCUCAGAUCAAAGUCAAAGGUGUUGUGUUUCACUACCGACAUGCUUCCAGCCGUUACGCUUUCUCUUUUGAUGAGGCCAAGAAUGCAUGUGAAGACAUUGGAGCUCGGAUUGCCACACCAGAGCAGCUUCUGGCAGCAUACCACAGUGGCUAUGAGCAAUGUGAUGCCGGUUGGUUAGCAGAUGGGUCUGUCAGAUAUCCUAUCCAUACACCACGUGAGGGCUGUUUUGGAGAUAUGGAUGGCCUGCCAGGGGUCCGGAACUAUGGCAUGUUGGAGACUGAUGAGCUUUAUGAUGUUUAUUGCUAUGUUGAGAACAUCCAUGGAAAAGUGUUCUAUGGAUCUACCUCAGAUCGAUUCACACUGGCUGAGGCUAAAGCAUAUUGUGAGCAUCAGGGUGCACAAUUAGCCAGCACAAGCCAGCUGUAUGCUGCAUGGAAUGAUGGUCUUGAUUACUGUAGCCCAGGUUGGCUAGCUGAUGGCAGUGUACGCUAUCCUAUUGUAAACCCACGAGAGCGGUGUGGAGGGCCUGAACCUGGAGUUAAGACAGUCUAUCUCUACAGCAAUCAGACAGGCUUUCCUGAGCCUCUCUCUCACUACGAUGCCUACUGCUUCAGAGAGCUUAGUUCUCAGACAGACAACCCAUUGGAUUACCUGGCCACAGAGCCAGAGGACAUUGGCCAGGACAUUGUGACUUUGGCUGACAAAGAGGAAGAGUUCAGUUCAGGUCAUGUGACUCAGAAGACAGAAAACGAGGCACAAGGAGCUGUUGAGAUUUUCUCAUUCUCCAGCAAACACAAAGUUAAAACAGAGGAUCAUGACCCUACACCAUCCCCAUUUGAUAAAGUUUAUUCGACCACUACUAGCAUAAAUAUUAUCGCCUCUCCAGCAGUAUAUGGACAGAAACCUGAGCCGACUCAGAGCUCUUGGCAAGAACCCACUGACUUUGAAGGAGUUCCAAAGAUACACCUGCAGCCCAGCUGGAAUGAACUAAAGUUAGCAGAAGACCAAGAUAAAGAGAAUACAACAGCCGAUUCAGAAGUAAAGACUGAUCAUCAUACAGACUAUCAGACCAUCCCGGAGCCAGGAGAGCAAGUGGAAUACCAAACAUUUACAGAAAGUAAACAAAGCACAACAUUUGACAGCUUGGAGCCCCUGUAUGAGUUUACAGAGAUAAGAGGAAAUAAAUUAAUACUUGAGACUAAACAUGAUGAUCAAAAUGGAAGCCAUGUGGUUGAACAUUCAACUGUAGAAGCACAAGCAAGUAACAUCACAUUGGGACAAGAAACAGAUGUCAGUGUGGACUUCAGAACUCCAAUGUCUUCUUCUGAAAUUAGUGAGGGAUCAGGAAGCGAAAUGACUACAGUACUUGCAGGGAAGUUUAACACUAACCUCACCCUGAGUCAAGAAGAUUUGUAUGAACAUACUUCGGCUGAAACUAGCACAGAGAGUUCUUUGCUGGAAGAUCUAAGUCCCCCUACACUGAGUUUUCAGCAAAGUCUUGAGCAGUCAGUUGCAACAGAGACUACCAGUGCUAUAAAUCAAAUGGAGCAAGAAACAGGGCUUACUUCAGCUGAAUCCCCAGUUGUGUCUCUCUGUUCAGUUGAUAAAGACAGUGAGUCAGAAGUGACUGCAACACCAGUAUAUUUAUCUGAGAAUCAAACAGAGCCCAUUGAUGGUUCCGGUGAUGAUGACAAUGUACUAUUGCUAACUCGUCAGACCACACAAGCUCCUCACUUGUCAGAUACAUCCAUUUCCUUUCCUGUUACAGAGAGCAGUACACCAUCUGGCAUCAGCAUCAUGAAUGAGGAGGUGAACACCAUGCCAACAACUCAGCUGACUGAAACCAAGACAAUGUCAGACAAAGACCAGAUUGGCUAUGAAGAUAACUCAUCAGGAACAGAAAACUCUUCUGGAGAAGGAUCUUCAGUCACAGACCUCCCCUAUGACAGUGCCAGUCCCAUCAUACCCUUCAACUCCACAUACCUGCUUCUCCUAAACACAACAAAGGAUAACAAUACUGAAAAUGUUUCCAGCACCACCCAUUUUGCAGUGGAGGUUACACUGAUCCCAGACAUAACCCUAACACCAAUCUGGGACACUGUGACUUCUCCAACUCCACCACAGGAGUUCCGGUCAGAUGUGGAGAUCAGUGGUGAUAGUCCAGUAACCACAGACGAUCCUGACUCCUCAGGCGAGUCAGACUCUACUGCAGUACCCAUAACUGAGAACCCUGAUGAGACCCAUAGUCUGACCACCUUCACGGCAACCAAUGACAAGGAACAUGAAGAUCAAGACCUGACUGCCACAACAGAAUCUCCAAACAGAAAGGAAGAGGAUGAACUAACAACCCUAACUUGUCAUACACCCUUACUUCCCAGACCAACUGAUAUUGUGCUGGACAGAACAGGCAUAUCAGAUGGUUGUCUGGAGAAUCCAUGUGCUAAUGGAGGCACCUGUGUAGACAUCAGUACUAAUGUCAAGUGCCUGUGUCUGCCAACCUAUGGGGGAGAAUUCUGCCAAAUUGAUCUGGAGCAGUGCGAGCCAGGCUGGGAAAAGUUCCAGGGCAACUGUUAUAAGCACUUCUCAAAACGUCAGAGCUGGGAGGUGGCAGAGCAGCACUGUCGGAUGAGUGGGGGUCACCUGGUCUCUGUUAUGUCACCUGAAGAGCAAUCAUUCAUCAACCAUAGGUACAGGGAGUACCAGUGGACUGGUCUUAAUGACAGGACCAUUGAGGGUGACUUCCGUUGGUCUGAUGGAAACCCGCUGCUGUAUGAGAACUGGUAUCGUGGUCAGCCUGAUAGUUAUUUCCUAUCAGGAGAGGACUGUGUGGUGAUGGUAUGGCAUGAUGAUGGCCGCUGGAGUGAUGUGCCUUGUAACUACCAUUUGUCCUACACUUGCAAAAAGGGGCCCACUGUAUGUGGCCAGCCACCUCUUGUAUUGAAUGCUAAGCAGUUUGGUGUACGACAAACUCGAUAUGUGAUUAACGCUCAGGUGCGUUACCACUGUGAAGAGGGUUUCAUUCAGAGACACAACCCCAUCAUCAGGUGCCAACACAACGGACAGUGGGAGGAGCCACAGAUUACCUGUACACCACAACCAGUGGAUUUAAAUAGAAAACAAGUUUCUUUGCACUCUGCAAAGAACCACGACGCCACUGAUAAAGCAAAACCAAAACGGUUGAGCUUUUAAACCAACCAGCUUCUUAAUUUUUUGCUUUCGAUGCUCCAAUACCUUUCCUUUAAGAGACCUGCAUUGCUCAUCAUUUAUACUGUCGGUGUUUCAGACAAAACUCGCAUUGUCUACUCCAGUCAUCAGAUUUUAUUAUACAACAUUUCUCCUCUCUGUAGAAAAUAAAAAACACUGAAUUACAUAUUUUGUAAUUCUAUGACACAAAAAAACAUAACAUUCACCCAAAUUGUAAGUAAAUACAGAUCAUGGUUUCCAAACAACAGAGGUAAAUUUUAUGGCACUAGCAAAAAUUGCAAAAUGCAAAUAUUAUUUAACCUCAGCUGGUCUGAAUUAAACUGUUGCCACUGUCUCAUAAAGAAUCAAUUUCAUCUCACUAAAAGUGCCCAAUACUGCCACCUGGUGGAAGAACAUAGACAGUGAAAGGGUAAACAGAGAAAACAACAAGUUGUUUCAGUUCAAUCAUAUGAGAAACUGAAAAGAUAACAAAUCAUUUUAAGUAACUUAGCCUUAUAUUCACAGCCACAUUUGCUUUUUCAUGACCUCUGACUGUAAAAUCCUCACAUCCACAGAACUUGACAUGUAAUCAAAACCAUUCCUUUAGCAUGAAAUAGGGAUUUAAUACAAUUCAAUUAUUCCAUACUUUAAGGAAAUGUGGAAGAAGAAGGUUAGCAGUGGCAGGUCUUGGGUUAUUACAUUUAAACUCAGAGGUGCAAAUUAGGUUAAUAAUACUCUCUGGCAGCUGUCAUACUGACGUUUGCAUAAGCAGAGUAAAUCCUGUGAUCCCCAGCCAUGCAGAAUAUGUUUAGAAUCAACCCAUUUGCUGUUUAGAAAUCAAUUUCCUGAAUUUAUCUACAUCAUUUUGUUAAAAUCUGAGGACCAGGAAUCAUCUAAUCUGGCCUACAGGUUCCCGGACAACAUGCUAGUUUUACUGUAGUCUUGUACAUCUCUUGAUCGAGAGCCUUUAUUUUUUUACACUACCAAAAACUGGCUUGAUAUUUCAGUAGCCAUGCUUUAAGAGAACCCUUUGUUAGCUCUUUAAGAAAACAAGCAACCUUAGAUACAGUGAGAUAAAAUAAUUUUUUUAAAUAAAAUAUCCCAAGUGUGGAAUAAUUUGUGGCUGGCUGUGAAACACAAGCUUUACAAUUUUCAAGUAAUUUGGUGCUCAGUUUUUUUCUUCAGGUCUCUUAUUUGCUCUGGGGAAUAAUCAGUCCUUUAUGAACGCUGUUCCUAAUAUCAUAAAAAUAACUGUUUUUACUAAUCUAAAGAAUUUAUUUUUUUGUUUUGCUUUUUGGUGACAUACUGGUUAAGUGUACACCUUUUUGGGUGAACAUUUCUUUUUGCUUUUACUUAAAUAUUUCAUUGUUCUUCAGAAAUAGUUGAUUUAAGUCUAAUCAAAUACAGAUUCAUAAGGCAAGGGAAAUUUGUCUAAAAAGGUAUAAAAUCCACUAUCCUCACUAAACAUGUGAAAGUAAUAGUUAGUUGGUUUUAGGAUGACAAAAUAAAGACUAUUGGAUGUAUGUUACUGAAUCUAAUUGGAUGUCAAGCAUAGAUCAGUGAGGGUGUUACUAAUAAACUAAUCAGUGUUACUAAGUCCAUAAUUUAGAUUUGUGAAGCACUUUACCUAUUUUUACACAGCUGUUUUUUGGUAAUUUAUUUUACAGUUUUUUUCCACUGGGAAAUAUAGUGUGGAAUAAAGCCUCCUGAGAAAUAAAAGGACUUCAAUUCCUAACUUCAGAAAAUUUGUCAAACAAUUUUAUUUAUCUGCUCAUUUUGUUGUGUGUGUUUAAAAAAUGUCAGACCAUCUGGUAUAUGGUGCCAUAUUGUUACAGUUUGUAGGAUUCU